AUGGCCACCGAUGCCGCCAAGGGCAUCGAUUUAGUUGACAAUACAACUCCCUCGCAACCGCUUGAACGAGACCUGACCCGCUCGGAGACUCGCCCAUCUAGUUUCCCACUGGGGAGAAAGCUUACCAGAGACUCUGUCAAGAAUGGAUUACAGAGAAGGAAAUAUGCCAAGUGGCAACCCGAAAGACUGAAUGCUUCGGACACCGACUCUAGAAGUCAAAGCCUAUCUCGUGCAGCAACGAAAAACAACACUACAGAUACGCAAUCACUUGGCAAGGACAUUGAUGGUGUAGACAUACUGGACAUCGUUCCCGUGCAAACCAAAACUACAGACAUUCUAAAAGCGGAGGAAAACCCGGAAGCCAACCCAGAGCUCGAUGUACUCUACGAGAACCAGCGAGGAUGGUUCCUUUUCGGCAUACCGUUCUACUCCUCUCGCUCCCUCCUCCAAUUCGAUCCUCCCGCAUGGGUAGACAAAGAUUAUCGGGAGAGCCCCGUCAACAUCACAAAUGCGCAACUCCCUGAUCCGAGUUGGGAAUGGGCCUGGCCGACGUGGUACGUGGAUAUGUCUGGCGAUGUUGACGAAGAAGGCUGGCAAUACUCGUUUUUAUUUUUACCGAAAUUUGGCUGGCAUGGUACUCACCCUUGGUUUCAUUCAUAUGUGCGCAGAAGACGCUGGGUGAGAUUACGGAUCAAGAAGAACGACGCGCCACUCAGGAACGGGGCAGAUCAAACAGACUUUCAUAUGGCCCAUUUGUUGAAUGAGGAUUAUUUUAGCAUUCAUUCUCAGGAGCCGGAGAGUGUGGAACCGAGUAUUCUGCCUCCGACGACGAACGUUUCUUCGUCGUCAGAUAUCAGAAGAGAUAUCGGGGGUUCACCGGAAAGACAGGUGGGGGAUAAUAUUGAUAAUAUACCGAGGCUACUCGAUGCUAUGAAGAACGCCAUCGUGGACCGCGAGAAGAUCGAAGCACUCAGGAAAUUUCUGGCUCAAGGUGGAGAGGAGCUUUAUUAUCUUCCUGACAAGGUCCCCGAAGUAUUGGGCUUGUUUAUCUUCCGAACUUCACGUUGGCAAUUUCUGAAACUCUUGCAAGAUGCAUUGGACGAGGUAGAACUCGAAAGCACCACUGGUGCAGAUAAAAAGGAACUUGACGCUCUCAACCGAAGGCGCAAUAACAUUUCCAGAACCAUUGAUGCUAUUAAGAAAGAGCUUUCUGACUCAGACAUUUUCGAUAUCUCCAAGGAUAAUCUUGAAGGUCUCCAUGCCACUGAGUUACAGAAACCUUAUGAGUCGUCACACAGCAAAGGCAAGGAAAAGUCGUGGACCGACAUUAAAGGCAUUCCAAAAGCAGCUGCCGUUGGACAGGAGGGCCAUAUUUAUUGA